AUGACGUCAAGAAGCCAGUUAAUGGUUCAACUUGCUACUUGUUCAGAAAGUAAUGUGAGUAAAUUGGGUAGUUCUCAAUUACCUCAUAGAAAAAACGAACGUUUACCAAAGGACGCUAAACAAAAGUCAGAAAAUAUUUGGUAUGAAAACAGUUGUUUAGAAAAAGUAACGGAAUGGGUUAAAAAUACAGAUUUUGAUGAUUACUUAAUUUAUGAUGAAAAUGUACCUCGGCCAGUAAGUCAAAGUUUCCUAAAAGAUGAGUCGAAUUAUUAUAAUAAUAAAGACAAAAUAAUUGCCCCACUUCGCACUUUUAACAGGAAUAACUAUUUGUCGAAACAACGGAAGGGUAGAUUUAUUUCAAAUUCAAAUGUUAUGUCCGGGGGUCAACUUAAUAGCGAACUAAACAUACAAUGCAAACAAAGGACUAUUGGUAAUCUCAAAGUGAUAUCCGAUAUAACGUUAAUACCUGGUGAUCGAAGUUUGAUAGAUAAAAAGGAAAUGUACGACCCAUAUCAAUUUAAUUCAGAUAAUGAAUUCGGUGAUCCACAAGAAAAAGAUUCCAAAACACUUGAUACAGGUAGUGAUAUUAAAAACCGAGACAGCUUUAAUAACGUUAUAGGCGAUCUCCUAGGUGAUACUUUAGAAAUGUGCUCAGAAACCACGACUGAAAUUUUGCCAUCCACAUCUAAUGGCGAAAGAAACAUAGAAUGCCAGUAUGCGGAUAUUUGUUAUCCGGAUACUGCAAACCUAGAACAUAGUGUAGAAAUAUUAGCAGAAAAAAUUGCAGAUCAACUGGACGACCGAGACUCUGAACAAUUUCCAAAUACUACCACAUAUAUUUCUACAAAAGUCGAUUUGAUAUCCAAUGAAACGACAAUGCCUGAUAAAAGCGGUUUGAAGGAUAAAGAAGAAACGUAUAAGAAGCCAUAUCAGUUUCAAUCAGAUAGUGAAUAUGACGAUUUGCGUGAUGAAGAUUACAAAAUACCUGAUACAGAUAGUGAUACUGAAAGCCAAAGCAGCUCCGAUAACACCUUAGAUGAUGUUCUAGGUGACACUUCAGAAAUGUGCUCAGAAAUUAGGACGACAAUUAUUCCAUUCAUCUCUGAAAAACUAAAAGAAAAAAAGGACUAUAUGAAAAAGAAAAUUCGAUGCAAAUUUUGCAAUCAAGAUUAUGAUACAAAGAAUUUUACUAGACAUAUAGAAAGGAAACAUGCCUGUGAAGGUGAGGUAAAACAUAUUUUAAAUUUGCCUAAAAAUAGCAAGGAAAGAAGAAUUGCAUUUUGUUUAUUAAGAAAUAGUACGAACUUUGAUCUUUUUAUCAAAGGAGUAACAAGACCAAAUCGAAAAGUAGAUAACAAAAAUGAAGUAGUCUAUUACCCGUGUGCCCACUGCAAAGGUUUAUUUGUUAAAAAAUACCUAAAGCGUCAUUCAAACUCUUGCAUUAUAAAGCGAAACCGAACAAAAAGUAAUAAAUGCAACCAUAUUUCUAAUUCUCAAACUGUUAUAGCGUGCGCAAUGGACGCAACUAAUGUUGUCUCCCAACUUAAUGUUAAACAACAGGUUUUUAAUAUAAUGAAAGGUGAUGAGAUAGCGUUUGAAGCAAAAAAAGAUAUUCUUAUAAUACAUUUUGGAGAAUCUUAUUUAAAAAAGCAUAAAAAGGAAAACAUCGCCUAUUCUUGUAGUAACAGGAUGAGAGAAUUGUCACGGCUACUAAUUUCUUACCGGAAAUUAGCCAAUAAUUCCCAGCUAUCUCUUAAAGAUAUACUGUUUCCAAAAAAUUUCGAUAUGAUCAUAUCUGCAGUAAGAGAUAUAUCUGGCUAUGAUCCGAUUAAAAAAUCUUUUACAUCACCGAGUUUAGCAAUGCAUUUAGGCACAUCACUCAAACAAGUUUGCGAAGAAUUAAUGCAUCUGAUUUUAAAGGAGUGUAAUGGUUUUAAAUGUGAGUCACCAAAUGAUUCUGCGAUUCGGUUAAAUAAUAUAAAAAACCUUAAAGAACUUAUUCAAAGUCGAUGGAAUAUUGAGCUGUCAUCUUUAGCAAAUAAAGAUUUACAUGAAAAAAAAUGGAAUAAACCUCUUUUAUUACCGUUGGUGAGUGACAUAAAAAAAUUUAGAGACGAAGUUUUCAAAAUAUCUUAUGAAUGUGAACAGAAGUUUAUUAAUAAUGAAGACGACCAAAAUACAUAUAAAUUAUUGGCACAGUGCUCACUAGCACUAUUAAUUCUUUUUAACCGCCGAAGAAUAGGCGAUGUGCAGUUUCUGAAAGUCAAAGAUUAUAAUGAUGACCGUAAAACAAAUUUUGCCGACUUCGAAAAUGCACUAACAGAAGUUGAAAAGUUAUUAACCAAUAAACAUAAACGUGUCGUAAAUAGUGGAAAAGGUUCAAGAGCAGUAGUUAUUCUAGUACCACAGGAAUUACAAAAAUUAAUUGGAACAUUGCUGAAACACCGGGAGAAAUAUCUUGCAAAUGAUAAUGAAUAUGUUUUUGGCUUACCGGAAAGUUCCAUAAAAUGGGGAAAAGGUGACGUUGCAUUUAGAAGACUUACACAUAUGAUUAAGCUAGAAAACCCAGACGCAAUAUCCAGCAAUAAAUUAAGAAAACAUAUUUCCACAGUGAUGCAAAUAUUUAGUAUGUCCAAAGAUGAAAUAAAACAAUUUUCUAACUUCAUGGGACAUACAGAAAAAACGCACCAUGAAUUUUACGAACUUCCGGUGGAUAUUUAUCAAACAGCAAAAGUGUCGAAAAUAUUGUUAAUGAUGGAGAAAGGAUCGUUGCCAUUAGAAUAUAAAGGAAAAUCGCUAUCCGAAAUAAAUUUUGAUUUUAAUGAAGAAUGUGUGUUGGAAGAGGAAAUAAAAGAUAAUGGCGUUCUCAAUACGACCCCAACCAUAAAGACAUCACAUAAACUGUCAAUGACCACAGAUAAUCUGGAAAAUUUAGAAAACACGUUGGCAGAAUCACAACAUCACGCAGUAAAAAAACCUAAGUUACAACUGGAUGACUCCGAUACAGAGGACAGACCAAUGAAACUUAAGAAAAAACGUAAAUUAAUAUUAGUAUCAUUAAGACGAGAAUUUGCAUGUUGGUCAUCUGCAGAGAUAAACGUUCUUAAAGAUGAAUUUAAGGAAUUCAUUAACAAGAAAACCUACCCUUCCAGUAACGAAAUAAAGGAUUUUCUAAAUAAAACAAACACAGAUCGCUCUGUUGCAGUAAUAAAGUCUAAAAUUCAGCAUAUUAUUAAAACGCAUAAAUCUUAAAACAAACCAAAUAUUAUUUCUUUUAGUUCGUAGUAGUCUAAAAUUUUCUAGCACA